UAACGACGGUUGCAACCGGGUGUAAACAACCGCAAACACAGAGAAGCGGUUAUGUAACUCGAUGCGCUUGAUCUGAGUUAGCAAUUUUAAACGUUGCCAAUCCGAAGCAAAAUGUCGGAAGAUAAUGCUUGGCCAUCAACGAACUUCGCAGAAUCGUCGGACGCCGUGGAACCGGAUUCUCUCGGUUCGUUUCCGUCGGAAAGCGUAGCCGGCGAGGACGCUUCAACGGCCGGCAUCUUUUUGGAGCCCGACGUCCCGAAGCUAAGCCUAACUACGAGCAGCACCAGCACAUCAGUUGUUAGCACUCCGAAGCCGCAAGAAACUGAGCCUAUUCCCGUCUUUGAAGAGGACACGAGGAGUUCAUGGAACCUCGAAACCAUACCGCCGCCACCCACAACCGCAGCGAAGGAAGAUCAAAAGAUCGACGACGACGACGAAGCGGGCGACGACGCGCAAGUGACAGGAGAAGAAGAAGAGGUCCUGCAACCGGGAUUGGAAUCUGUUGCAACGACGGUGUCGUCUGCUAUACCACAGUCGACGUCGGAGGGUCACUCAUCCGCAGAGCCCGACAGUUUAAAUCCUACAGCCAUCGACUGUGAUUCGCAAAACAGUGUAAGCAGUCAGAAAAGUGGCCGCAAACGUUUCUCCGACGAUGAAAUAACGUCCGAAGCGAUCGCUCGCAUUACAGCGGAUAAAAUUUUCGAAUAUCAGUGGCCCUUGGAAGGGGGCGACGCGUACAUACUGCAGGAACAGAUCUGCGAGUUCCUGCAGGUGAAAUCGUUUAAACGGAAAUACCCCGAUCUGUAUCGGCGGUCCGUCGACAUAGACGAGAAGAAAUACCUGAGAGAAAAAGGAGUGGUGAACGAAACGCAGUGCGACUUGGGGUUGACAGCUUUACGAGCAGACGACGUUAUCGAUUUGUUCAUGAAAGAUUACCCGGAAAAAUAUCAAGAGUACGCCAACGCGCUCCGGGAGCGCGAUAAGCAAACGAACGCCGAAAAACACCGCGGUUACUCGGCUGCCAGUGUCGAGAAGAGCAAGAUGGCGGAGUUUAUUCGGAAAGCUGUCGCUUCGACCGCCGAGUACAAUCAGCACCUAAAUCAAGAACGCAAGGACGAGCGGAGAUCGUGCUUCGACAUGCAGACCUUUACCAUUCAGUAUCCCACUCGCAAGAUUGCAAAGGUUGACCUAAACUCCGGUGCUCGUAGACGGUACCCCGUAGCCCUCGUCCCCGGACAGUAUCAGGAUCACUACACCGUCUACACUCCGCAGGAGCUCAAGUACCUACCGCUGAACACCGUCCUCUACGGCCCGCUGCAGGAGUUGGGGUCCGUUUACACCCACCCGGGAUCCGACGGCAGCCAGUCCGAGUCCGAGGACAGUUCGGGCACGGACGGCACGUCCUGCAGCAGUUCGAGUGGCGGGGACGGAAGUUCCGUCUCGGAAAGUGAGAACGUGCCGGACCUUAUUUGUUCCAUUUGUAACAAUAGUGAUCCUUUAAAAGAGAAACAAGACCUGAUAACGUGCUCAGAAUGCCGGAAGGUCGGACACAUCGCAUGCCUGGGGCUGCAACCCGAAAUGUCGGUUGCGCUUAAGGCUUACCGCUGGCACUGCUCGGACUGUAAGAAGUGCAGUGUGUGCCGGUCGAAGGCCGACGAGGAGCAGAUGAUGUUUUGCGAUAGGUGCGACAGGGCGAGUCACAGUUUCUGCGUCGGCAUGAGGGGUGUGCCUAUAGGACGGUGGAUUUGCAGGCUGUGUGGUCAGUGUAAAAACUGCGGGGUGGACAGGCCGGGACCCGGGGGACUGCGGUCGCGGUGGUACCACGAGUACGGAAAGGGUCCCGUACCGAAGGAGAGGAGCGUCAGCAUAUUCUGCAGGAGCUGCCACCGACGGCGUAAGGGAAGGUGAAGGGGUGUGUGGUGUUUAAUCUGAUUUUAUUUUUAUGAGAAUAAAAAGGAAAAUGGUGCUGCUUUUGGUAAAACCUUA